AUGCCCCCAAAAGUCACAGAUGCCCAGCUCGGCGACGCAAUCCUCGAAUCCGCCAAACACGGAUCGUUUCCUCAAGAUGAAGAUGUGGCAUCUGCGACGGUGCCGUCGAGCGCACUGCCCAAGUUACUAGAAAAAGUUGGGAGGGCAAGAGAAGAUGCCAAAAACGAAGUGCGUAAGGUCUCCCGUGAAGCGGCCUCUGACGUCGAUGGAUGGAUCUCUCAAGCGCGAAAGCUACAAGACGACAUCAAACACUCCCAAGACACCGCCAAAGAGAUCGUACAUAAUGCAGAAGAGGGAAAGGCGAACACACUACAGGUCCAGGAUGCGGUCAGCAAGGUCAGCCUGCUGCAAACCGAGAUUGCAUACAAUGAGAGUCUGGCACGGGUAAUUGAACAGCUGAGGGACAUCACUGCACUCCUAGACUCGGCACAGGAAGCUGCCGUGCGGGGGCACGUCAUGUAUGCCAUCGAGCGUCUUGAGGACGUGGGCAGCGCUUUGAAGAGCAUGGGUCCGUUCGAAUCUACACGAGUGGUGGGAGUAGUGAAAAGCAAAGAGUCGCAGUUGCGAAAGGCUAUUAUUGAGACCGUUACCGAGUCAUGGAAUGGACUGCUGGAAAUUGACGCAGCGAACAACAAGGUCUCUUUCCGGGACGCGAUCGAACGAGAAACCACCAUCGAGAUCAACGCGGUUGUCGAGCAGCUCACAAAGCUGGGUCUUCUGGACGACUUUGUCACCCGCUUGAGUCGCGACUUCGACAGGACUAUCCUUUCCCGCCGCCUCGUCAUCGGUCGCGAUCAAGUGGUGACCGCUUUCGAGAUCCACGGUGAUGACAUACAACUCAAGGGCCCUGUCAACGAUGGGAGUGUCAGGGUUACGCUGGAAGACAUACACAAGAUCGCAGAGUACAUAAGCACACGCCUGCCACCUUCUAUCACCCUACCGCUCUCGUCAAAGUUGGUACCCGCCAUUACGUCGCGCCUCAUCACCCACUAUCUGCUCCCCGCGGUCCCAACAUCCACGGAUCGAGUCCUACAGUUCCAGGAAACCCUGUCAUAUGUUCUGGGUCUCGUUGAAUAUCUUGACGAGCUGGGCUGGUCUGGCCAGAACCGUCUGACAGAAUGGGUUGACAAGUCAGCCGAAAUUUGGCUGGCAAAGCAGAAAGAGAAUGCAAUUGCCAGAGUGCAGAAGCUUUUCCCGAAGCAGAUCAAAGUCAAGAAGACAGUGGAGAAAGUGGAGACGCAAGUCAUUUCGAAGGGUGACGCGUUACAUCCUGCGCAGGAGGAACAGGAUAACGAUUGGGGUGCCGAGUGGGGCGAUGAAGAUGAAAAUGCGAAGGAGAAUGCGGACAAAGCACCUGAAGACGUAGAAGAAGUGGAUAUGAGCGCAUGGGGAGUGGAUGAGGACGAGUCCGAGGAUGCACCGAAACCCGAGGCCAAGACAGAAGAGAAGAGGACUGGAGACGACGAGGAUGCAGAAGACUGGGGCAAUGAUUGGGGCGACGACGAAGAUUCUAAACCAGCUCCCUUGCCACAAGCAUACACCAAAUCGCCACAGCGUAAGACCAAUGGACAGCCAGCGCAGCAACCACUUAUCGACCAGCAUGUCACCCUGAGAGAGACAUACACCGUCACAGCGAUUCCCGACUCGAUCAUCGAAAUCAUACUACAGGUUAUUGCAGAUGUAGAAAUACUUAAUUCGCCCGAACUUGUCAAGUCCGCGAUAGCACCUGCUAGUGGAGGCUUGUUCGCGAUUCCGGGUCUGCUCCUGGCGAUGUAUCGGGCCACCGCUUCUGUUCACUACUCCACCGAGAUUGCAGGCAACAUGCUAGUCUACAACGACUGCGAACGUCUGUCGGAUCGACUCCGAGGAUUCAUUCAAGAGCAAGCAGAAAAAGAUAGUACCUCGAGUCUACCUAAACUACUUCGGCCCUCGGUUCGACUAACACCGAAGAUCGAGGCGGACAUCAAGACGAUAGAUGGCUUCAGUCGUAGGGCAUAUGGGCGGGAGAUGGAGUUACAAAGACAAAUUAUCAAGGACCAUCUUGAGGAUGCGCAAGGCUUUCAAGGGUGUACCAAUGUCCCUUUUGCGACAGUCUGCGACGAUGCCAUCGCGACCACUAUCGAUCGCAUUGCAGAGGUCAAGCGACAAUGGCAGAAGAUGGUAUCUCAAAGGGUACUCGUGCAGUCGCUCGGGUCGCUGGUGAGCACUGCGUUCACGAAGUUCAUCAACGACGUAAUGGACAUGUCAGACAUUGCCGAGGACGAGUCGCGGAAGCUGCACAGCUACUGCAUGUCGCUGGCGACGCUAAAUCAGCACUUCCAGACUCAGGACGAAAGCGGAGAGAGCAGAGACACAGCAAGCCUGUAUGUGCAGAACUGGUUCAGGCUACAGUACCUCGGUGAAAUUCUGGCCGGCAGCUUGGCGGACAUCAAGUACCUUUGGAACGAGAGCGAGCUCAAGCUUGAGAUGGGAGCCGAGGAGGUGGUGGGCUUGAUCGAGGCUCUCUUCGCGCCGAGCGACCUUCGACGACGAGCCAUCGCCGAGAUCAGGAGGACGAGCAUGCACUAG